GGGGAGAGGGGCUGAGCAGCCGGGCAGAAGUCGCCUUCUUCCUCCUCUUCCUCCCCCUUGCUCUCAGCACUUUGGCUGGCUUCAAUGAAACUGGCAGCGAUGAUCAAGAAGAUGUGUCCCAGCGAGGCCGAGCUGAGCAUCCCCGCCAAGAACUGCUACCGCAUGGUCAUCCUGGGCUCCUCCAAGGUGGGCAAGACGGCCAUCGUCUCGCGCUUCCUCACCGGCCGCUUUGAGGAGCAAUACACGCCCACCAUCGAGGACUUCCACCGCAAGUUCUACAGCAUCCGCGGCGAGGUCUACCAGCUCGAUAUCCUGGACACGUCCGGCAACCACCCCUUCCCAGCCAUGCGCCGUCUCUCCAUCCUCACAGGAGAUGUGUUCAUACUCGUCUUCAGCCUGGACAACCGGGACUCCUUUGAGGAGGUGCAGCGCCUAAAGCAGCAAAUCCUGGAGACCAAGUCGUGCCUGAAGAACAAAACCAAGGAGAACAUAGAGGUGCCCCUGGUCAUCUGCGGGAACAAGGGCGACCGGGACUUUUACCGGGAGGUGGAACCCCGGGAGAUCGAGCAGCUGGUGGGAGGGGACCCCAAAAAAUGCGCCUACUUCGAGAUCUCGGCCAAGAAGAACAGCAGCCUGGACCAGAUGUUCCAGGCGCUCUUCGCCAUGGCCAAGCUGCCCAGCGAGAUGAGCCCCGACCUGCACCGCAAGGUCUCGGUCCAGUACUGCGACAUCCUGCAUAAGAAGGCACUGAAAGGCAAAAAGCUGCUGAAAGAGGGGGGCCGGGGCAGCACGGAGGAGGCGUACGGCAUCGUGGCCCCCUUCGCCCGGCGACCCAGCGUCCACAGUGACCUCAUGUACAUCCGGGAGAAAGCCAUCGGCUCCGGGCAGAGGGACAGGGAAAGGGUGAGCCGCCAGGCAGCCAGGUGGGAGGAUGAGUGUGGAGGGCACGGACCUUGGUAUUUCUUUCCCUCCCAAACCACCCAGCCUUGGGCACUGCCUUCAGGGGGAGGGCAGAGGCCUGCCAGCGCCUGCUUGGGGCUUUGGGGUUGGGGUUUUUGUUGGUUUUGGUUUGUUUUGUUGGUUUUUUUUUUAAACUUGAGAAGCUGUGCACGGACUCUGGCUCUGUGUCGUGUGUUCGUCUGUGUCUGCAAAACACGUGCAGAAGACACUCUUAAGCUGCUGCAAAGCCAUUGCAGAGUUACAGCCCCAAUGGACCAAAAAACCUGACUCUUGUUUACAUUUGUCUUGUCUGAUUUGCAAGAUUUGGGGAGGGCGGGGGGAGAGGGAAG